UCCAUCGUCGCACGAGCAGCGAUCAUUUAACACUCAAUCGCGCAUCCCAACGGAUGAGCCCGUACGGAAGAGAGAUGCUGAAAUUCACAUGUGUCGUCCUGCUGGCGGUGGCCGCCACCGUAAGCUGCAUCCCGAUCGAGCCGGAACCGAGCAAGGCCGGUCUGGUUCGACCUUCACCGAUCAACCCGGACGUCGUGAGCGAACCGUUACCGGAGGAAGUUUCAACGACGACAACGCAAGCUACGCGCCAGUCCAACCUUCAGAAGAUCCCCGCCCGCGGUACCAAACUGAGUGCCACGCUGGACCAGGACAAGUCGACGACGGAGGCACCCGCCAAGGAGAAACGUGAAACGGCAACCGAUUCGACCACUCCGGCCAAGUCCAACUUCCGACGGGAUCAACCUUCUACGCCUUCGAUGGCCCACAAGCAGAGUGGGGUGACAACCACAACGGCGGAGCCGGUCUCCCUGAAAACCCCAAUCGUUCACCCGUCUGGCCUGAAGGUUCGCCGAAGUGCCGACGAACCUACGACCACGACCAACAAGACCCCCAGCAGCACGACCCGAGGACCGCUGCCCGACAGCGGCAGCAGCAGCAGCAGCAGCAGCAACGAUGACAACAGUGGUCCCCACUUUAUCCGUCCCGUUCCGGUGGACCAGAUCCUGAAGAACCUGCACGAGGCCGCGCCACAGCAUCAUCAACAGGUGGCCCAGCACGAGCAGGCCAAGGCCAUCGUUGAGGCCACCACGAGUAGUGCGGUCGAUGGUGAGUCUUCGCCGGGGACGACCGUGAAUGAUCACAAGUUCCACCGCAAGAACAAGACGACGACGACGGAGGCCCCGGAAGAGGAGGAGGAGGAGAAGGACGGUGGAGAGGACAGCAAGGAGUCUGCAUCGGAGGAGGACGAUAGCAAGCAGGGCAGGCAGUAGAGAAGAUUAUAAAUUAUUAUUCGUCAAGAUGCUCGUAUGAACGUUGUGAUAAAGAAAUGUGGAAUCAAUACUAGUUGA